AUGAAAUGCCUUGAAGGCCUGCACUUUCACCAGAGGCCAAGCAAGUUCUCUGGUCCCUUGGCUCCCAAAGAAGGCUCAGUAUCUGCCUUCCACCUGGAGGAUGUGGAAGAAAAGGAGAACGAGGAGGAAGAUGUGUGUUCAGAUCCGGUCCCAGAUGUGGAGGAGGAAGGGAAUGAUCUUGGGGAUCCAGCCAUACUGAGUGCCAUCCAAAAUACCCAAGUACCACGUCAGAGAGGUCUGCAUGGUUCCCCUGGAGCUAAGGCCCCUAGUGCUCCGGGGAUGUCACAAACUUCCUUUCAUUUUCUGUGGCAACCUGUGUUCCCAAGAGCCAGCUCUCCAGCCUGCCACUUUGGACCUCGACAGCCUACACCAGAUCCUCUUCUGUUCUAUAACCCACUGACCCCGAGGCUCCCUAAACUCAGCCUUCCCAGGCAUCUGACCCAGCUCCACCCUCAGCACCAGCGGAUCCUACUGCAGCAGCAGAGGCAAACAGUGAGGUAAAGGAUGUUUCUGCUGGCUUGAAGUCUCCUAGCCCGGAAGCCUUGGUCUCUGAAGCCAGACACCUAUGCUAACCUCAUGACCCGAAAGGAGAAGGACUGGGUGAUAAAAGUGCAGAUGGUUCAGCUGCAAAGUGAGAACCCCCGCCUGGAUGACUAUUACUACCAGGAGUACUAUCAGAAGCUAGAGAAGAGACAGGCAGACAGAGAGCUGCUUGGACAGAGGAACAGGACUAAGUCUCUCAAGCUGGUCACACCUUACAUCCAGAAGGCAGAAGUUUAUGAGUCAGUGGUACGAAUUGAGGGUUCCCUGGGCCAGGUAGCUGUAUCAACAUGUUUUAGCCCUCGCCGAGCUAUUGAUGCUGUAUCUCAUGGAACUCAAGAGCAGGAUACAGGAGCUGCAAGCAGUCAGAGGCUCCGAGUAUUAUCCCUGAUUGAGAAGAUGUUCCUUCAGUUACUAAAGAUAGAGGAGGGCCAGAAUGUUGAGUUUCCACAACUCUACCACUCGGGGGAACAGAGCAACCAGGUUGAGAAGCUCUUUCAGGCCUUAAAGACCCAGGAGCAAAACAACCUGGAGGAGACAGACAACCUUCUGCAGGUGCUGUCUGUGAGGAAAGGGAAAAUUUUGGUGGCUCGGCUGCUCCCCUUCCUGCCCCAUGAUCAAGCUGUUAGCCUCCUCCUGUGUAUCAUCUACCAUCUGCCCCUCCUGAUCCUGAGGGACAUGUCUGACCAGGCUCUACACAUACUGUUCAAACCUCUGGGAAAAUAUAUCAGUCAUUUGACCUUCCAUCAACUCCUCCAUGGACUCCGAGGUCUAAUGUUGCUACCACCUGGCUCCUCAGAGCGGCCAGUCUCUGUGGUUCUUCAGAAUCAGUUUGGGAUAUCUCUGCUUUAUGCCUUGCUGAGUCAUGGAGAGCAGCUGGUGUCCCUGGAUGCUUCCCUUCGAUCCAGCAGUGACUGUGCAGUUUGGACAGACGUGGUGAUUCUGAUUGCCUGGGAGAUCUCUCAGUUGCCUGCAGCAUCCCUGGCAGAGCCCCUAUCCUUCCCUAGGAACCUGCUUCCAUGUUCUGCCAUCACAUGGACAAACGAUUAG